GUAGAAGGAGAAGUAAAAGAUGAGCAACAGAAGAUGGUGCCCAACUCCGGAGCAGGUGAUGGUGCUUGAGGAGCUCUACCGAAGAGGCCUCCGCACUCCCACCGCCCACCAGAUUCAGAAGAUCACCGCUCAUCUCUCCCUCUAUGGCAACAUCCAGGGCAAAAGCGUCUUUUACUGGUUCCAGAACCACAAGGCCCGCGACCGCCAGAAACUCCGCAACAAACACCUCUUCUACCAAACCCUCCAUUUUCAGGGUAGCAGCGGGAUGAUGAUGCCGCAGACAUGGAGGUCAAUAACAGAUCCCCCACAAGAUUGGUUGAUGCGAUCAUCGUACGGCCAUGAUUCCGUGAUGGUUAUGGAAAAUCUCGGGCCCAUCCCCACACCAAACCAGCCCCUCCAAACCCUACAACUCUUCCCACUCACUUUACCUGCUGCUGCUGCAAAUCAUCCAUGAUUAAAUCAAACAGCAAUUGCUAAUUAGCUUCAUCAAUAUCUGUGUCUCUCUCUCUAGAGUUGGUAACAUACAUGCAAAUCUGUGUGUGUGUGUUGUAGAUUUGAGUGUUUGUGUUAUUUUUCUGUUAUGUGUCUGUGGACUUCCCAAAUAUGCUGAUAUGUCCAAUAGUUGCAUUGAGAGCAUGUCCAAUGGAGGCUAGUGGACUGGCUAGCCGAUUCUCGGUGCUAGCCGGUCUGCUAGCCGAACCAUUGUAGACGGGCGAUCGGCGAGUGAUCGGCCAACACUUUUUUUUUAAUUUUCGAAACACUAUA